UCAAAGUCCAAACAAACACACAUCAUAUAUUUUGAUCCAAUCCAUUGUGAUUCUAAUUUAAAAGCCGAUGUCAUUGCUGUCGACGGCUUGUGGCUGUAUAAAACAACAAGCAAAGAUCAGUCACUGCCCAAGCUUCAUUAUGUUCGGUGUAUUUCGCUUUCUUAACGCUGUGCUGGCGAUAACGUUAUUGAGCCCUGCUAUCUUCGCUGCUGAGAGCGAUGAGGGAAUUGUGGACAUAGCAAACUCGUUUGAUAUGAUAACGGCCAACAAAAUCGAAGAGUUGAAAAAGGUCUACAUAAAAACCAUCAAAGAAGCUGAAAUUUUGGAAGCAUUUAGGCUGAGUGUAGCCAAGGAAUUGAGGAAGCUAAACGCCCAACUGCUUGCAAAUUCUUUAUGCGUGAGUGGUUCCCAAGACGUCAUUAUAAAUUUAAGAUUUAGCAACUACGUCUUCUUGGAAGGUUACGAUCAGCAAUUAGCCAAUGGCAUAGUUCGCGAUGCCUUGAAGGAGGCAGUUAAUUGUAAAACUCCCACACAAGUGGCAGGCGCUCUGAUGAGUCUCUACUUAGAGGGCAGUUUUGAAUCUUUCGAAGCACUGCUAUCAGCACUGGUGGAACUCUUUCGCACAGCCCAUGGUAUGCCUGCUGCCAAGAGGGGCAAGGAUUUCUAUCGCAAGUUUGCAUUUAAUUUGCAAAAACUCAAACAAAAUCAAAACUUUAAAGACAUUAGUGCUGCCCUAAAGCAAGACAUCGAUGAAGUCAUCAAUCAAUUACCCAACAAUUUGCAAUAUCUAUUCUUCCACUCCUACUUUUGUCUCAUGAAUGACAAAUACCAGGAGUAUAUGUACACAUCAAUCAAUCCAAACACUUUGGAUUCGGAAAGUCGCUACAUAUGGGCUUGGCAUGAAACCUUGUCCAUAGAUGAUUCUGGUCACAUGAAAGCGGCAAUAUUCGAAUCCAAUAAAGCCGCAGCCUCCGGUUUUGUAGCUCAACUUUGGGGUGUUAAAUUUAAUCUUCCCUUUUACAUGAAGCCUGACUCAAAACUCGUAGCCGCCUGGGAAAAGAAAAGUGAACCAGAAAAUUGCAAUUGGAAUAUAGAUUUUGUGGAUGAUGAUCGAGUGGUAUUUACUCACGGUGAUUAUGUGGUGUGCUCCACUGAAGAUAAACACGAUAGCGAGAGGCGUCAAGUGAGAGGAUACAAAGGUGAUAAAUACACUGCCGAAUCCAAAGAAUGUCAAUGGUUAUUGGGGACAUGUAGUCGAAAAUAAAUGCACACAAAAAGCGCAAACGAAACAAUUUUUGUAUUUAAAUUCCCACAAAAACAUUAAUUUUGUGUAUAAAGAGUCAUUAAAAAUAAAGUCAAUUGAAAUAAAUUUGAAAUUAAA